AUGUCUUGCCCGCACGUCAACGAUCCCAGCCUGAGGCCACCCCGCCCUACACAGUCUGUGUAUCGUGAAGACUGUACCCAAUGCUUCGACUCUAUCGACGACCCUGCCGGUUUGGACGUUUGCCUUUCCUGCUUCAAUGGUGGCUGUGCUGGUGAACGGAAUCAUUCAAAGCUUCAUAAUAGCAGCUCGAGUCAUCCUCUAGUCCUCAACAUUAAACGAACUCGGAAACAGGUUCAGCGAGAUGAGCCUCCUCAGAAGUUGACCAAGCUCGCUAUUGCUGCCGAGACCGAAGAAGAUCGGUAUGAUACCAAGACUGAGGUCAGAUGCUAUGCUUGCCAGCUGCAGAGUGUUGAUCCAACCUCAGGCAAAAUCCCCGAGAUGGUGAACGGAGUGCUCAAAGCCAUGACGUUUGCCCGAUCGGAGGAAGUCAAAGCGUGGGAGCAAGAAUUUACACCAUGUGAGCACACUCUUUGUCUCGAACAGCAAGACGCUAGGCAAAUACCAUCGGGAGACUUGGGCCAUUGCUCCAUGUGCGACCUAAGAGAAAACCUGUGGCUGUGUUUAGAGUGUGGCAACCUAGGUUGCGGACGUGCUCAAUUCGGUGGCGUUGGUGGAAACUCACAUGGUUUGGCACAUGCCACUCAGGCUGGCCACGGUGUCGCCGUCAAGCUUGGCUCAAUCACUCCCGAAGGCAACGCCGAUAUCUACUGCUACAAGUGUGACGAGGAGCGGGUCGAUCCAGACCUGGCGAAGCAUUUAGCACACUGGGGCAUCAAUAUCGCCGAGCGGGAAAAGACAGAAAAGAGCUUGAUGGAGAUGCAAGUCGAGCAGAACCUCAAGUGGGACUUUUCAAUGACCACAGAAGACGGUAAAGAAUUGCAACCUCUGUUCGGUAACGGCUUGACCGGACUCAAGAACAUUGGUAACAGCUGUUAUCUUGCCAGCAGCGUUCAGUGCCUCUUUUCUCUCCCGGAAUUCCAGCAGCGGUAUUAUCACCCCAACGAGGGUCCUCCUUCAACCUCGGCUCCUGCUGAAGAUAUCGAGACUCAGCUACGAAAGCUCGCGGACGGCCUCCUAUCGGGAAGAUACUCGACAGCCGAAAUGGAGAUUCAUGCGAAUCCCGAGACGCCAGAGGUUCCUCAUCAGAAAGGCUUAUCACCAGCCAUGUUCAAGCAUCUUAUCGGCCGUAACCAUGAAGAGUUCUCAACCAUGCGCCAGCAAGACGCUUUCGAGUUUCUUCUGCACCUGUUUAAGAACAUCAGCAUCUCGAACCGUCCAAACCCUGCCCAAGAUCCUGUGAAUGCCUUCAAAUUCGUAAUGGAGGACCGACUACAGUGCCUCACCUGCAAGAGGGUUCGCUACCGGACCGAUGUACAAGACAACAUAUCAAUUCCUGUUCCAGCUCGACGCAAAGCCGCCUUCGACCCCUCGAAACCCGACAAUGAGAGGGGCUCCGAAUACGAGCCCGUGUCUCUCAAGGAAUGUCUAGACAUCUUCACUACCCCCACACAAGUCGACUACAACUGCUCUGCUUGCGGUUCCAAAUCCUUCUCAAAGUCUUUCAAGUUCAAGACCUUCCCUACCAACCUCGUCAUCAAUCCCCUUCGUUUCGCUCAUAUUAAUUGGGUACCCACCAAGCUCGACAUUCCCCUGGAAGUCAAUGACGAGCCCUUCGACCUUUCCCCUUACAAAGCCACGGGGCUGCAGCCUGGCGAGGAGGAACUACCCGAAGAUACGGCUGCCGCCCCCCAAUUUGCACCUAACGAAGCCGCCAUGGCACAGCUGACAGGCAUGGGCUUCCCAGAACCACGCUGCAUCCGCGCUUUGCACGCAACUGGGAAUGCUGACGGUGAAACCGCCAUGAAUUGGCUCUUCCAGCACAUGGAAGACCCGGAUAUCGAUGAGCCACUUGACAUCUCCUCUCUCUCAGCUCCGAGCGCGGCCACAGGAGGGCCGGACCCCGAGAAGAUGGCCAUGCUCGAUGCGAUGGGUAUAUCCGCGCCACAGGCUCGCAAGGCUCUCAAAGAAUGCAACGGCGAUGUUGAGCGGGCAGUUGACUGGGUCUUCAGCCACCCUGACGACCAAGGCGACUUUGGCGAUGAUGCCGCCGCCACUGCUCCUCCUGGUGAUGUCGCAGCAUCUCGUGAGAUUCCAGGUAGCGAGGAGCUGCCCGCAAAGUUCGAGCUGCAAAGCAUCGUGUGUCACAAAGGUGCCAGUAUCCACGCGGGGCACUAUGUGGCCUUCAUCAGGAAGGAGGUGCCAGGCGAGGAAGGCCAGGGUAAGCAGUGGGUGCUAUUCAAUGAUGAGAAGGUGGUCAAGGGUGGAGAAGUCGAGGAGAUGAAGCGCUUUGCGUAUGUCUAUUUCUUCAGGAGGAUUUAG